AUGCCUCUGGAUUAUAACCAAGAAAACUGUAUGGAGCAGUUUUACUCUGUAACACGUGGGGUCACCAUGAGUCAGAAUCAACUCGAUGGCAACGUGUUGGUUUGGUUUUUAUUCAGUGGCAGUUUUGGGGCUCAGUCUCAAACCAGGCUUUGUAUCGGUAGCCCAGGCUCUCAUACCAAGAAGAUACUGAUAGUAACGUAGAUCAAAUACCAAAUAGCGGAAUGCAUAGCCCAAGUCAAUUUUUAAGGUUAACUCCUUUCUACUUUACUGAAAGAAUACUUGAUAAUUAUACAAACAGCAAAAUAAGACUAACAAGAGAAAAAUUUCAUGGAAAAACAGUGGUUGGGUUGGGGUUCUGAGUGUGUAUGUGUUGUGUAUAAACAUUUAAAGGCAGUUCCUUUAGACUUCAGUGCUGACAGUUGCUGCCUUGAUUUACCUUGGCAAAGUAGAGAAUUCUUUGGUCAUUAUCAUAAAGAUCAGGGUUGGGGCAAAAGAGAACAUAAACUUUCAGAGGGCAAGACCUGGAUUCCACUAAUUUUAAAGAGAGAAAUAUAUAUCAAGGAAAACCAACUUUCGUAAAUUUUUAUCUUUGGAUCCUUAUGUACCUCAGUUGAUUGUUCGCACAUUUAUGUAGCACCCAUGCCUCGCCUUUUCACCAACAAAAAUUCUGUUAAUUCUACUUUCAACGUACAGUGAAACCUGUGAGAGCCAAAACUCGACAAGACAGCCUUGUUUUUCCUGGUCUUGCAAGUUUUCUGCCACUGACAGGGUGCGUUCUUACCACUUUUCUAUCACUCGUUUUAGUGGAAAAUAUUUGCAUUUUCCUUCUCUGCCAGGUUUUUGCCUUACACAGGUUCCAGCUUUCGCAGGUUUUACUGUAUUUCUUGAAUUAUGAUACCACCAUCUCUAUUGCCAUCACCCUACUCCUACCACCAAGUCUCAACUUGACCGCAACAACAGUCUCCUACCUAACUGGAUUCUUUACUUCCUCCUGCCUCUUCAAUCUACUUUCUACACAGCAACUAGAGCAGUUUUUAAGAAAAGGAAAUCAGCUCUAAUGGCUUCUCUCUACACAUAUAAUCAAAUCCAAAUCCCUUACCACGGCUUACAAAACCCUACAUUAGCUGCCAUUCCCUGCCUUUCGGACCUCAUUAUCUCUUACCUUUCCAACUUCUUUAACACUGCAGACACAGUGUCCUAAAAACUGUUCGGAUAGCUCUGCAUUCCGGUCAGUGCUCAACUCCUCUACGCUGUUUUCCCUGACCAACCAUUCUAAAAUGCUCCCCCCUCCCACUCCACCGCCAUCUCACGACCCAGUUUUCUUUCCUUUACAGCACUUACCAGUAACUGAAAUGUUUCUCACUUACAUUACUUGGCAGCACUUAUCACUAACUGAAAUUUUUUUACUUGUUGCUUGACUCACCUCAGCAGGAUGCAAGCUUCAUAAAAGUUAAACUGCUGGAGUCUCAAACCCAGAAAAGCAUCUGGCAAUUGCAGGUGCUCUGUGAAUGAUAUUCACCCUCUGGACCCUCAAUUUAUCUUCAGAUCUUAAUCAAAUUAAUGUACCAGUACUUUGUCAUAUUAGUGUCCUCUGUGCUCUGAAACUCAGAGCUUCUAAGACUCAUUAUCUACAAACCAUGUUCUAGACCCAGUUUUGACACAGGUGACACAAAGGCUAUGAAAAGGCUUUGUUUUUGAGCAUGAACGUCCUAGAGAAAUAGUACAAAAUUUCAAACAAAAAAAAAAAACUUUCGUAAAGGGCUUAUCCAUCAUCAACUUCCUACCAUGUUUAGGUCCAACUGCUAUGUAUCCAGUAAGACACCUACAGCCAUAAAAUCCCAAAGACCUGGAAUACGUAUUCCCAGGAUUGUGGAUAGGGCACAGCCAGGAUAUUCAUGCCUCUGUACCCUUGAUCUUGCGUAUUUCCCUUCCUAGAAUCCUUAAUUGGCUUUUUUCUUCACGUCUACAAAUCACCUUUGAAGUUCAGCUCACUUUUGAACUCCUCUAGAUAUUCCUCGUAUGUUUCAAAUCGUAUUUGUCUCCUAUACGCAUUAUGACUGAAAGUUUUAUCCUAACGGGUAGUUUGGGAUUUAGAAUAUGUAACUUUGUGCUAAUAAGUUAACUACGGGCCCGACAUAUGCGAUGCAUUUACUUGCAGAGCUGGAGUCUCCUUUUAACAUACGGCCAAGCACACGGCCCCACACACAAGGAAUGUGUAUGAGGAAAAACGUACGAGGCUUGGAUACCAAUGGAAGAAUACAUGCUGCACCUCUGAAAGCAUCUCGAAAAUUCAUGGCCCUCAAAAUUCGUUUACUCUUGAAAGAGCGGCUGAGCCGGCACCCUAACCCCACCGGUUGACUGAGGCUUUUGAAUGUCAGCCAAAAAAAGGGUGGGGUGGGGGGUAGUCGCAUGUUUAGCGUAGCCGCAGGAGCCAGUCAGAAAUGUUCGCAGGCUAGGCCCGAUACUUACGGGGAACGCCGGCCAAAUCCGCGUGCGAGUAACCAGCUCCGCCGGCUCCGAAAAAGCCCGCCAAGCCCCCCGUGGUCUUGUUGCCGCUUCCCCCGCCGCCCUCCAUGGUGUCGCAGCUCCCUUCUCGUCUGCUUUCCGCCACCCUCUAAGGCCGGGGGGUCGUCUGCUCGGCCGUUACUCUUCAGUAACGGCGGGGAAACCCUUGCUACCACCGGCUCCUUAACACGCUGACCUUCCGGGGGACGGCGCCCAAUGCGCCACAUUUCCGUUUUGCGACAGUGCACGCCCCGGAACCCAGAAGUGCCUGACGGCAGCUCUCCGGUGGUGGGAAAGUGAACGAACCCAGAAUCAAAGCGGCGCAACCUGAGGCAGGUGGGGUUCCUGUGGAAGAGGGAAGGCAGGCGGACGGCUAGGGCCCGGCGUGGGAGGCCAGCGGAGCAACAGCUGCAGAAGCAGGCAGUGGCAGAGAGAGAAUGGUGCGGGGAGGCGCCGAGAAGGAGGCGCAGUCCGACCCUCUCAGGGUUUGUGAAUGAGGCUCUCUGCCCGGGCCGGCCCGGGGACUGUGUGUUGCGGAUCCCAGCAUGAGUGCGGGCCCUGGCUGUGAGCCCUGCACCAAGCGACCCCGCUGGGGCGCCGCUGCAACUUCUCCGCCAGCCCCCUCGGACGCCCGGAGCUUCCCCGGCAGGCAGAGGCGCGUCCUCCACCCCAAGGACGCUUCCGUGCAGUUCAGGGUCCUACCGUCCUCGCCAGGCUGCGUCCCCGGGCGGGCGGGACCGCACAGAGGCAGCGCUACCUCGCUUGUUCUCAAACAAAAGCCUAUUACAAGUUGGAUGGACACUAAAGGAAUCAAGACUGCUGAAUCAGAAAGCUUGCAUAGUAAAGAAAACAACAAUACGAGAGUAGAAUCCAUGAUGAGUUCUAUACAAAAAGAUAACUUUUACCAACAAAACAUGGAAAAAUUAGAAAAUGUUUCUCAGUUAAAUCUUGCUAAAUCACCCAUUGAAAAAACUACACAGUAUUUGAACCAGCAUCAGACUGCAACUACGUGUAAGUGGCAAAAUGAAGGCAAACAUAUGGAGCAGCUUUUGGAAAGUGACCCUCCAACAGUAACUCUGGUACCAGAGCAGUUCAGUAAUGCUAAUGUUGAUCAGUCACCCCAAAAUGAUGACCACAGUGACACGGAUAGUGAAGAAAAUAGAGAUAAUCAGCAGUUUUUGACACCUGUAAAGUUUGCAAAUGCAAAGCAGACCGCUGAAGGUGAACUGGCCAGAGAAGCCAGAAGCAACCAGAAGUUCAGCAAGUCUUGUCAUGCUGUGGAAGAAUGUGCAAGUUGUCAGCAAGAAGAGAUAGGCGUGCCAGAGAGUCCAUUGUCAGAUGUUGGGUCAGAGGACAUCAGAACUGCACCGAAAAAUGCCAACAAAUUGAGAGGACAGGAAAGUAGCCUAGGAAAUUCUCUUCCACUUGAGAAGGAAAGUGAACCCGAGUCACCAAUGGACGUAGAUAAUUCCAAAAAUAGUUGUCAGGACUCUGAAGGAGAUGAAGAACCAAGUCCAGGUUCUGAUGAACAGGAAGAUGGCCCUUCUUCCCAAACAGCAGAUAAACCUUCAAGGUUUCAAGCAAGAGAAAUUGACACUCAGACUAGGAAACAGCACUCUACUAAGGGAGGGGAAGUAAGAUUACAUUUCCAGUUUGAAGGUGGAGAGAGUUGCACUGGAAUAAAUGAUGUAAAUGCCAGACUACCUGGAAGUACUCCCACUCUGAAUGUAGAAUGUAGAAAUUCUAAGCAACCUGGAAAAAAGGAUUCUAAAAUCACAGAUCAUUUUCCAAGAAUGUCCAAAGCAGAGGACAAAAGAAAAGAACAAUGUGAACUCAAACAUCAAAGAACAGAAAGAAAGAUCCCUAAAUACGUUCCGCCUCACCUUUCUCCAGAUAAAAAAUGGCUUGGAACUCCUAUUGAGGAGAUGAGAAGAAUGCCUAGGUGUGGAACACGACUGCCUCCCUUGAGACCCUCUGCCAAUCACACAGUAACUGUUCGGGUGGAUCUUUUGCGAGCAGGAGAAGUUCCUAAACCUUUUCCAACACAUUAUAAAGAUUUGUGGGACAACAAGCAUGUUAAAAUGCCUUGUUCAGAACAGAACUUGUACCCUGUGGAGGAUGAGAAUGGUGAGCGAACUGCAGGGAGCCGCUGGGAGCUCAUUCAGACCUCACUUCUCAACAGAUUCACGCGGCCCCAAAACCUGAGGGUACUCGAAGAAACAGAAGCUCAACGUUUAUAUCAGUCCAUUUUGCCUGAUAUGGUGAAACUUGCACUCUGUUUGCCAAAUAUUUGCACCCAGCCAAUACCACUCCUGAAGCAGAAGAUGAAUCAUACCAUCACAGUGUCGCAGGAACAGAUUGCCAGUCUUUUAGCUAAUGCUUUUUUCUGCACGUUUCCACGACGAAAUGCUAAGAUGAAAUCGGAGUAUUCUAGUUACCCAGAUAUUAACUUCAAUCGGUUGUUUGAAGGACGUUCAUCAAGGAAACCAGAGAAGCUUAAAACACUCUUCUGCUACUUCAGAAAAGUCACAGAGAAAAAACCUACUGGGUUGGUGACAUUUACAAGACAGAGUCUUGAAGAUUUUCCAGAGUGGGAAAGAUAUGAAAAGCCCCUGACUCGGUUGCAUGUCACUUAUGAAGGUACUAUAGAAGGAAGUGGCCAAGGCAUGCUGCAGGUGGAUUUUGCAAAUCGUUUUGUUGGAGGUGGCGUAACCAGUGCAGGACUCGUGCAGGAAGAAAUCCGAUUUUUAAUCAAUCCUGAGCUGAUUGUGUCACGACUCUUCACUGAGGUGCUGGAUCACAAUGAAUGUCUUAUCAUCACAGGUACUGAACAGUACAGUGAGUACACGGGCUAUGCCGAAACGUACCGCUGGGUGCAGAGCCACCAAGAUGGGAGUGAGAGGGACGACUGGCAGAGACGCUGCACUGAGAUUGUUGCCAUUGAUGCACUUCACUUCAGACGCUACCUCGAUCAGUUCGUGCCAGAGAAAAUCAGACGCGAGCUUAACAAGGCUUACUGUGGAUUUGUCCGCCCUGGAGUUUCUUCAGAGCAUCUUUCUGCAGUGGCCACGGGAAACUGGGGCUGUGGUGCCUUUGGAGGUGAUUCUAGAUUAAAAGCCUUAAUACAGAUACUGGCAGCUGCUGCAGCUGAACGAGAUGUGGUUUAUUUCACCUUUGGGGACGCAGAAUUGAUGAGAGACAUUUACAGCAUGCACACUUUCCUUACUGAGAGGAAACUGACUGUUGGAGAAGUGUAUAAGCUGUUGCUGCGGUAUUACAAUGAAGAGUGCAGACACUGCUCCACCCCCGGACCGGAUAUCAAGCUUUACCCGUUCAUAUACCAUGCUGUGGACUCGUGUGCAGAGGCCUCCGACCAGCCUGGGAAAAGGACAGGGCCCUAAGGAGCCGAGACAAUGGCACCUCCUUCUGCCUCACACCAGAGAUGUUCUGUUAGAAUUGUCAGGUGUAAUAUAUGAACUGAUUUAACGUAAUCUAAAUGUGUAUAUAAUCCACAUUUGUAGUCAAGGACGCAAUCCAUUCUGCAUAUAUGGGCUUUUCAGUUUGUACAUCAAAUCCCCUCCAUCCUCGGUGUGUUUUCUUUUCUUCUGUCUCCGUCUUCAGUCUUUGAUUUUUCUUUCUUUCGCCCAUCCGAGUUCACGUGAAAUCCCAUGAAGGACCGCACGGUCCCGUCAGGUCUGUCUUUGAUGCCUUUAUUUUAUACCAGUUGCCUCUACAGUUAGCAAAUGCAGUGAUUCCAGGGCAUGAGUUGUAAGCCAGGAAGCUCUUUAAGUGAGUUUGCGAAGGAUUGCGCUGGGUGCCUUUUACCCCAACUCUUGUUGCGAUUGCAAUUUUUGAGUUUUUGAAUUUUGAAAAUUAAGGGCUGGGCUUAUUCUUUUUUUUUUCUAUUUCAAUUUUUCAUACCUGUUGCAUAAUGGAAAUCUUCCAGGUUAAAACAAUUUCGUAUUUAAAAAAGAAGAAUUUCCAGAAGUAGUUCUUUUGAGACAUCACUUUUACCUACAGUGGUUUGCUGUCCUUUCCCUCCUGUCACUUUUUCUUGAUACUUCUUUUGGAAGCUGACCAAGAUGGAAGGAAAUACAAUAAAAGAGAGUUUUCUAUGUAUGGUGUAAAGAAGACAGAUUCAAGAGAGUUGAAGGGUUUUUUUGGUUUGUUGGGAUUAUUUUUCUUUUUAAAUUAGGAUUAAUGUUUGUUCUGUGGUGCUCAAGGCAUAUUCAUAUAACCAGAGUGUGAGAGCUGGGAACUUCAUGCUGAUUUGUACAUAUUGAUGUUUCUCUGGUAUUGAAAGGUUAUAUAGUUAAUAAAGUUUUAUUAAGUCAUUUGUCAGAAACUCCCAUAUCAUCUAUGUUUUACAUAUAUAAAUAUAUGUUGUUUAAGUGUAUCUUCAUGUAGGCACAUAAAAUCGAAAUAAAACUGGAGUGAUGGAAAAUGAUUAGGUUUAGGCUUUAUCAGGGGCUCUAUCCUUUAUUUGCAAUCGUGUUCGUUUAAAACUGACAGCAACAUGAAUAAUUAUGUCUUCCAGGGGUUACAGGGAAAGCUGAUACCAGUCUGUCUCAGCUGAGAGUAGAAUUUUAUCAUAAAAGUACUUACUCAGUUUCCAGAAUAAUCCUAAACAUACUACUGAAAUUCCGGUUUACUGUCAAGAAAAGCUAAUAGGAGUCACAUCAUAUUCAUAAAGAGCUAUAGUAGAUGGUCCAAACUUCUGUUACCAGUAUUGGAAAAGAAAAAUGGGGCCUUGGCCAUUUUUGUUGGUAUAGAGAUUGAGAGGAUAAAGGGAUAAAGCACUUGAAGGCAGUCACUUGUUAUUGACAAAUUGAUUUUUAAUCAUCUUCCAAAGCACAAGGAGUCUGGCUUUAUUUCUGCUGGCCCUAAAAUUUUCUUUCCAACCCAUUCUAUGCUUUGGUUAGGCAUUCACAAUUAUAUUUCAUUUAUGUUUUCCAUCCCCAUAUUCUUCCUCUCUAUCCAGUCUCUAAGUGAACAGUUCUUUAAAAUAUACAAUGGUUUGUGUGGUAGACAAAUCAUAAAAUGCAGGUAACAAGACCACCCAACCUAAUAUUCCAGGACACAGAAGCUAACACUUGGCCCUUGGUGCCGAGCAGGAGUAGUGACUAGGCAGUCUACCUAGCUGCCUUUCUUGCUGUUGAGGGGUUUCCACGAAUAAAUCCUGACUAGGUGCAUUCUGGGUGCUGGAGCUGCUUAAGCAGAUCGAACUAAUGUCCAAUCUUGAGGAGUGAGGAAGGUAGAAAGAACAUGAUUAGUAUCUCCUUAAAUGCCCUCUGGGGGAGGGAAAAUCAGACAUCUAAAUAAUUGUAUUACUCUGAGAUCUUUAACAGCACGUUUUUAUUCUUUCAUUUGAGGUUUACAUUUGUAUUUCAUUUUGCUUACCCCUCCUUCUUUAGUCUACCAAGGCAUGACAGGACAUUUUUAAUUUAGAGUUCUUAGGUUUUUAAUAUAAUUCACUUGCUUUUCACUCUCUGGCUCACGCAAAGGUACAGUAACAGUUUCAGGAGACAACGUGAAGUAAUGGAAAGAGAUGGGAUUUUAAAUCAGACAAGCUGGGUUCAAAUGCUAGCCACACCCCUAGCUAACAUUUUGAUAUUGUCUGAGUAAACUGAAUUUUGGAACCUUAGUUAAUGCUCUUGAAAAUGAGCUAGUAGCACCUACCAGGGGAUAAUUUAUAUAAAGCACCGAAUACAGGGUCUGGCACAUAGUUGGUGCUUAGUAAAUGUCCACUAUUAUUAUAGUUGAUGAGGAGACAUUUGUGGAGCACAUAUGUAUGUUACAUGAUAUGCUAGUUGAUUUACAUAUUUUAGUCCUUUUUCAGAUGAGCUAACAGAUGUUCCAAGGUUAGGGCAUGCCAUCUCGGCCUCCAGGAGCUCAUUAUGAAAGGGGACUUAACUGUCAUCUCUGUCAGGAUUCAGUAGAGCAAAGGCCCUGCCUAACCUCAUUCUCUACCAGGUUGCUGGUAUAGCUUAUUCUUCAUCACGAGUGAAUAGUUACCAACAGAGUACAUUAAAUUCUCUCUGAGAGAUUUAUCUCUGUUCUUGUUGGCUAAAGUGACAUUUAUAGCAGGUAUACCCAAAUCGGUAUUUAAAAGGGACAUUGAAAAGGAGAUCUAACCAAGCUCCAUGAUUGCUAUACCAGGUACUUCUUACCAAUAUAUAUUGCUUUAGAAACCAAACAUUGAUUAAGCUAUCCCACUCCAAAAAUCUAUUAGGACAUAGAAUUAGUUGGGCUGUAUUCUUGAAAACAUCCUCAACAGGAGGAGAGGCAGUUGCAAAGAUUUUCACCUCUUCUCCAGUCUGUGUGGCCGUGUGUCUGUGGCUUUUUUUCUGAUACAAGGAAGACCUGAGUCUAGUGUAUCCACUUUAUGAUUUAGAGGACUUGUACUUCCUUCUCUCAAGCCUGUGGAUAAUGCCCCAACCUUGCGUCUGGAGGGAAAGGGGAGACUGCCAUUGCUGGAACUUGAGCUCAGAGUAAUUAAUCCUGUCCUUUUUUUCAGGGCAGCUGGGGGGAGAGAGGGUGUGCCACAAUGUGAUGUUUGUUGAAACUGCUAAAGUCCACCGAACCUCUGUUGUUCUCUGUUCCAGUGGUGGAGUGUGCUCAGUCCCUCCUCAACAGAUCCCACUAAGCCUUCAGAAGGAAAGAUUUACCAAACCAGUCAAGACAACCCAAACUGUCUGUGUUUAUCUGAUACCUGGUUUUAUUCUUCCUGACUGUUUAUUUUAAACUUAAGGUUAAUGUGUCAUAAUGGUUUUGAAUUUGGGGGUAAUGAGAAGUCUAUGCUAAUGUUUACAUGAUUUUUGUAGGAAGAAAAUAAAGAAAUUCUUACCUCCUUGUCACCACUUCUUUUUUUCUCAAGUUAUAAUGCCAUUGUCACUUGAGAUUUCAUGUGCACGCUCUCAUUUAAAAUUUUUAGAGUGUGUCUUAGGGAUGUGGUGAAAGUUUUUGUGUGUAGAUUUGUUAUUCCCCGUUAGAUGUUAGGCUGGCGUGUCGAGACAGUCACUGGUAUGAGGAACUUUCUAAAGGUAAAGAGAAUUCUAGCUGCAUUAGUGUUUCUUCCCUGCCAGGUUCCUGAGGGCCCGUUGUUUUCCUGGUGUGCACUCCAUUUUUCCUAAUUUUCAUCUUCUCUCAAGACAGCUUGAAUCAGUGACAGAAAAGAUGUCCUGAAAGUUCUGAGGACCACUGUUCAACCCUUGGUCUCACCAGUGACUACAGUAAGAGCCCAUGUCCUUGCUCCCUUUCACAUAGUGACAGACAUUUAGGAGUGCCUUUUCCAGGCCACUCACUUAGCUCUCUGCUCAGGGGAUGUGUAGGUGAAUGACCUAACCCCUGUACUGAGCUCUAAACCCCACAAACAGCAUUUUCUUUUCACUACUCUGUUCCAGUUCCACCUAGAAGACCCAAUUGAAUUUUUAUGCUCUCAGUUUAGAAACUUGAGUAGAAUUGACUUGCACAGUGCUGAACUCCUUUACACAAUGUUCUCUGUUGAAUAAUUGUAUAAGCAAAUGGCCUAACUCAUAAUAACAUAAGAUGGGUUGAUUAAAUGCCCUUUCUUGACUUAAUAUAGGAAGCCAGGAACCAGUGCCUGCCAUCCAGAUUCUGUGGGUCUCUGGACUCUGAGAAAGUAGCACUGGAGGUUAAGUGGUGAUUUCCUGAUGGAAAAAUUACAUUUCCCCCUAGCAAUGUCCAUACAGACUAGGUAAAAUGUCGGUGGUUUGUUUUUUUUUUUACGUUAACUGGAAUUAUAUUACCUCAGUCUGAACAGUACAUGUUUAAUUGAUGGAAGAUGAAUAAAUAUUAGCUUAACAAAUGAUGUUUACUUAGAAUCAAAGUAUUUCAAAAUAUGAGAACCUUAGUGGAGGUGAAAAGAUUGGAGAUCAUGUCAGAAUGUUGCAUUUUAAGAUUUGUAGCAGUAACAUAAAAUUGGACAUAAAUUUUCAAUAUUUGGGAAGAAAUAUAUCCACUAUAAAAAUGGUAAUUGGUAGCCUCAAAAAUACACUCCAGUCUCCUCUUGA